GAUCAGUGCUUUCCCAACUCAACUCGUGACAGUCUGAGGCAGCCACCACCGAGAAUCCCGUUGGUGGCUGAAUUAUUACUUGAUAUCGAGCAGCAACGAACGAUUACCCAUAAAGGCAUCGUCAGGGAUAAAGAUGUUCUAUUCAAACGUCGCUAGUUAGCUUUCUGCCCAAAGAGCCCAUGUUUCUGGCCCGAGGAGAACGAUCAUCGCCAAUUUCCCCUCAGAGAAGCGACGUACGUACACUAUCUCGUGUGAUGCUUCAGACCACUCCGCGAGCCGCCCCAAAGGCCGGAUUGAUUCACCAGCACCUUUCCUUUAGAUAGUUGCGUGGAAAGCCGCGAGGUGCCAUCAGACGAGGACUGUUAACUAUGGCAACAACCUACACACACGUCGACGAAAAACGCAUUCUUCAGAGUGAACUUAAAAGAGUCACCGUAUCAGAGCCACGUCCGGAACGUGCCCCAAUACAUGUAGGAACCGUAGCCUCAUCGGAACACCCAAUGAUACCGGCAGCUACAGGGACCUCCGAAUCGUGAGGCAGUGGGGUGUGCGUCUUGCCUUUGCUACUGGUACCCGUGCAUGCAAGGACCUUUCACUAUUUCGCGAGGAAACCAACAGAUCACUGAUAGAUGUCACUGGCCAGAAGCAACAACCAAAUUUGAGCGAAACCAGCACCAACGCCCGCACUUGGAUACCGGUUAGAGUUUGGGCAGCUUGAGUGCUGCAUGCAAGGUGCAAAGUGGGACAGGCUACGGGGCACGGUCACAGUGCCGAUCCUGAAUUGAUUCCUUAACUCUUCAGGAGCAACCACGUCAUCACGGGGAAUGUGGUCAAUUUUGGCCAGUCGUCGCAGCAAUCUUGACAAGAUUGAUCGGAGUUUAGUCGUCCAAAAGAUCCGGUACCUGGUACCGUACCACUCCCAGGCUCCGCCAAUCGCCACUUGCAAGAGUCUCAUUAUUCCUUGACGAUCUCAGAUCUCAGAACAACAAAACCACAAAAUCAAACUCAAACAACAACGAAUACCCACAGCACGCAACAUGGCAGCCCAAAGCACAUCCCGAGAACCUCGCAAGGUACGAGGCAGACCAUCGCAGCGAAGCAGCAUUGCCAGCAGCAACCAUGAUGCCAGGCCUCCUCUUUCCCCCUCGCGACGCCCUUCCCGACCAAGCACGGGAAGCAGCAACAUCACUUGGUCGCCUUCUCCCUCCCAAACGCAGCUCCUUCUUUCUGAAGACAGCUACUGGAUGGUGGAUAUUGGUGGAUACUGCUCAAAAAGAACUUUGCACAGGAGAAACGAAGUGAUGGCUGUUGAGGACAACAACGACGAAGAAUGUCAGAUCCCCACGAAGCAAAAAGCUCAACGUGAGACGAGCGACAACGACCUUUUCGGACUGGCCUUUCUGGAAGAGGACCGAAAGCAAUAAUAUGUCAUCAUCAGAAGGCUUGGCAAUGAUAUGUUUGAAUGGGGAAUGAUUGUAAUGGAAUCUACUAGCAGUAUAGUAUUCAGUGGAUAAAGAACAUGUUCGGUAUCCUGUUUGGAUCUUGAUGUCCGUUUACUUGCCGGCGUGCUACCGGUAGCUACUAGUAGUACCGGUACAUGUAGAGGGUCCAACCAAGUCAAGAUUAGAAGUGAAAUACACAAAACAUCAUCAUGGUCAGUUCUGGAGCGUUAGGGUGGAAACUCCGACGAAGGCGAAAACAAAAACGGUGCGCGAAAAAGAAAAGUGAUGGAAGGAUGGAGGGGCGCAAAAGAUGACUGCUUGUUGGGGUUCAGUCCCAGCGUUCCCGCACUGAGCCAACCCCCAUUAUUUAGGAGUUACAACAGGCAGCUCGCAGCUUAGAUCUUUUGCCGGGAGGUGCGGUAACCAUAACACUCCAUUUGUACCUUUGAGUUUUGAAUCAAAAGCUACCGUAGCACAAGAUUUACCCAAACUGCCUAGAUAUAUCAAUGCUCUUGUCCCGGUUGCUGGUUUCUUGGGAAGUUCUCACUGGACUGCUUGAACUUCAUUAUUUGUUCCUGGAUCCGCAGCGUCGCCUCUCGAAAUCCUUUUUUGGUUCCCUCUGAUCUUUCUGUCUUUCCUUCCUCGAGCAAUCCAAUCCAGUAUUACCAAACCAAUUAGUCUACUAGGCAAACAGGAAGGCUCGAGCAAACCAUGAGUGACAAUCCAAGCAACAAAUUGAAAGGAUCGGGCGAGGAGCAUGGGACUACUGGCAGGACCGAAUAUUCCUCCUCUGAGCAGGAGAGGGCCGCAAACACCCCUGUGGUCGCAGAAGGUACACAAAAAGAUGAGGCCUUCAAGACUCUAGUCAACAUCCUUGACCAGAAAGUCCAGGAAAAUACAAAACCUGUUGCCAUAUCAAACACAGAUGCUAGAAACGAAACCCGAGGCGAAAACGAUGACACCGUCUUGGAGGUCGCCAGGUCUGAAGUUGAACUGCCCAGCAGAAUGCUGACGGAAGCAGCACCCGGGGCCUAUGCUGUUCCUGGGCGACUAUCUACAGCAGCUUCUUCUGGAAACGAAUUGCCGGGCGACGAGGCUGCUGCUCCCAAUCCUACUGCCGACAAUCCAAAUUCAACCACUACGGUCACCGCUUUUUUGUCGCCUGCAGAGAAUCAAAAUCGCACCAAUGGCGGCAGUCACCAUCAAACCGUCGGAGAACUGGUUGUCCAUGCAAGCCCUGACGAUGAUGACAACAGAAACCAAGAAAACGCAAAAAAAAGAAAAGUCGUGGCCUUUGUGGGCGUAUUGCUAUUGCUGGCUGUGAUUGUUGUCAUUGUGAUGGCAUUGGCAGGAGCCUUUGGCAGCAAGACAGAUGACGAGUCUGGCAAGGCAGAGUCUGGCACAGCAAACGGUUCCUCAAAUCUUGCUGAUGUUAAUGACACGGCAGUGGACAUUGCCAACAACUUGCGAUUUUCCAAGACACUCAGGAAAAUAAAGUCCGAGGGAAUACUACACUGCCCUUUCAUGCCAAUAGCAGGAUACAUGUUUGCCAAUUCAACCACUGGUGAUGCUGAUGGUAUUCAUACUGUUAUGUGCCGAGCCAUUGGGUCUGCCAUCUUUGGGGCUGAUCGUCUACCAUCUGGAUUUAGUGGUCGCAACAAGCUGUGGACUGUCAAUGCCACUGUUGGCACAAUGUUCGAAGAGAAAUAUAAGGAUUUCAAUGAAACCUUCCCCAGGAUUGAAUGGGUGGAUCUAACUCCAGUUCGGACUGGAAGGGGACUCUCACAAAUUUUUACAGGUAUUGGUUACACCAUGGAACGGCAUACUUACGAGCAUUUCCUCAAGUUUGGACUGUCCUUCACCCAACCAUAUUCUUUUGAGGGAGCUUACAUAUCUGGCAAUCCUUUCUUUGUGGAAUGCUUUGUUGACAAGGGCUUCAAGCAUACGCAAGAAUGCAAAGACUUGUCUAUUUGCACCAACAUGGGCUCAUCGUACUACACAUUUCUUUCGAGGGUCAUUCCAGAUCGGCGCAUCCACAAGAUCCAGUUUUACACAGAUGCCUAUCCCAUGUUUGUCAAUGCAUCAUGUAACCUGAUCAUCCAUUCUGCGGGGGAACGGGCCAGGGAUGUUGUCCUGAACCAAUAUGGCUACAAAGGGAACUUUACUACCAGUGGUGCUGUUUUCAACAAAGAGCCUAUUGGGCUUGGGACGUUUAAAGGUGACCCAGUUUGGGAUGACUUUGUCAAUGCUGUGGUCCAGUCCUUAGUCUCUGCUGAAUUGCACGGUAUCACCAAAGCAACAGCUCGCCUGUUUCCUCAGACUGAUGUCUUCGGCGAAGACUUCAGGGAUAUGUUCCGAAACGCAAUUGGGGCGGUUGGAAACUUUGCAGAGAUAUAUGAGGAGCAUCUGCAAGAGGCCAUCCCACGGGAAGCAGUGAACACUAUCAACAAUGGUAAUGCUGGACUUUUGUUCGCCGCACCACUGGGAACCCAAAAGCUUUGGUCAAAUUUUACUCUUGGCCACAAUAUUCAACGAGUUCUGGAACGUGGGCGGCUGUUCUGUGGUGUCCGGUUGGGCCGGCCUGGCUUUGCUACUGGUAAAAAUGACAAUGGCACGGUCCCCACAUUUGCUGGGAUGGACGUUGAUUUUUGCAGGGCUGUUGCAGCCAGUAUGUUUGGUGGUGAUACUGAAGCUGUAGACUACAUCGAGCUGAAUUCAAGUGACCCCAGUGAUGGCUACGUUAAGCUUGCUGCCGGUGGGGUUGAUGUGGUUGCUGGUGCAACUUGGAAUCUUGCCAAUGAUGUGAAAGAACCUGGCACAGGAAUUGGCUUUGCCUUUUCACAACCCUACUUUUAUGGGUACGGUGAGGAAGAGGACAACCUUUGCCUUGCUUCGAUGCAGGAUGAUCAAGUAUGGUCAACUUACUUGUACUGGGUUGUUGGCUGCACCAUCUAUGCCGAGCAAGAAGGAAUUGGCCAGACCAACUCAACAAAGAUGCCCUUGAUUUAUGCUUUUGGUGAAGGCUUUCAACGGAUGUUUCGAGAUAUUGUUCUAGCUGUCGGAAAUUACAAAGAAAUGUACUCCCGAAACAUCGAGCCCACCAUCCCUCGGUCAGUCCACAGAAGAAACAGUUUGAACUAUGGAUCAAGUUCGGGCCCUCAGCUCUACCCCAUGCCCGGUUUCAUGUAAUACUGCCUCCUAAAUUGAUAAUAAUUUUGCACAACUGGGCUACCAGUAGCUAGCUUCAUCUAGCUUCUAGCUAGCAAGUGCCAGCAACACGGCUUCCC